CAUUUGGCUCGCAAAAAUAGACCCGUGCCCGAUCGAAAUCGUACCCACAUAUAGUAUGUGUAUGAAAUGUAAGAACCACAACAACGCUUGUUGAAAACAACUUGCCGGCUUCUUAAGACCAAUUUGAGGAAGCAGAAUUGAAAUAAGUCUAGACAACAGAAGAUGCUGAACUACUCACACGGUAAGUACUUACACGGUAAGUAAAACUUGCGAAUCAAAGACGGCGAAGGUAGAAAAAAAUGUUUUGUGGCCACUAUUCUGCCGAUGAACCCAAAGAUCCUUCACAAAAAUACGGAUGCUGGAACGUAAAAAGUUACGUCGAUCUUUGACUAAAUCGACGCCACAUCAGCUGACAUGUUUCCAUCAGGCUUGCGGUAAAGUAGAGGCGUAGACGAGAUUGACUUAGACCAAGCUUCCACUUGUAGUAGCCCGUGUGAACUGUGAUUUUGCGAUCUUCCACUAGACGAUCCGCUUUUAGAAGGCAAGAUGGGCCGACGCGGACGCGACAGUAGCAGUGAGCAGUCCGCGAGCCAGAGUCGCUCGCGGUCCAACCGGAGGACGAACAACCGGCGCUCGCGGUCCAGGGGUGGUAACAACGGAGACCGUGACCGCUACUAUGACGCCCGAGAACAACAGGAGGAGAAGUCUUCCUCGAAGCAUACCAGCAAGUACAAUGGCAACGGCGGUUCCAAGCGCUCGAACUACGACCAGGAUCGGGACGACAAUAAAUACAACAGCAAGCGGGCUGCGGCCGCUCCGUCGGACCGCGAGCGCGAACAGGACCGGCGGGUUCAUCCACGGGGCCGGUCGCGCGACCGAGGCGGCGGUGGUCCUCGCGAUCAACAACCUUCGAGCGACAGCGAGGUCGUUGAGAAGAAACCGAAGAAGAACAAGGACCGCGGCGAUCGCGACGAACAAAAGGCCGAGGCCGCUCGGAAAGCCAAGGAGGCGGCGGAGGAAAAGAAGAAACAGCAGGAGAAGGAGGAGCGGCGGCGGGAGCGCAAAAAGCAACAAUCUGAGAUGGAAGCGAUGCAGAAGAUGAUGGGCUUCUCGGGAUUCGGCACCAGCAAGGGCGAAGAUCACACCACGUCCGAGGCCUCCGGGGUGAAGAAGCAGACAAACCGCUCGUACCGACAGUACAUGAACCGGCGUGGGGCAGAUCAGCCCCUCAAGUAUCAGCACUAGUCAUUUGGCGACGUGAAUGAAAAAACGGAUGUUGGUCAUGCGUCGUGGUGCAGAACCAAAAUAGUUGUACUGCGCCCACCCACCAUCUGUAUUUGCUUUGCACGGCUAUCUUGUCGUGAUAGCCAUGCCGUUCCGCUCUCUGGCGUCCUUCUUCUGCGUACAGAACGGGCAAUGCAAUGAUCGCAAAACGACCCCCGCCUCUCUGAGAGUAACUAGAAGUACAGAGUAGCGAACUUUGAAACAAGGAGCAAUACGACUACACCGACGAGAAACUCUCGCGAAGAAGUCGUUUUCAAGGAAAGGUGCCCCCAUUUUUACGUAUCUAUCUGUACAUCUGUGCGACCCUAUCACGACCA